CUCCCUGCGGCUGCGGAGGGGAUAGCGGGGGCGAUGGAGGGGCCCUGUGCACUGCUGUCCUCCCCCCUCGCCUCAUUUCCGCUGGUGGGGACUGCCUGCACCCCGAAAUAGCCGCCCCGAGAUGCACAUUCCGAAAUAGCCGCCCCGAGGCUGGGUGCGGCCCCGCGGGCGAUCGGCUCAGGCUGCUGCGGCCGUGUCCCCCCACCUUGUCACCGUGUCUCCCGGUGGCACUGCCACCUCCUGUCCCCCGCCCUGCUCCGGCCACAUCCGUUUCCCCCGCACCUCUCCGGCUCCCUGCAGGAGCGGAUGUGUGUUCGGGGGGGCCCUUCCUGUGUUCCCCAUUCCUGCCGGGCCCGGCCCCAGCUGCGUCCCCCGAGAUAAGCCAGGGACGCCCCGGGACGGCGGCUGUGGCCACAUUUUAGGGUGACGAUGGGGCUGCCGCGGGUGCUGCUGCUCCUCGGGGGGCUGCGCCUGCCCCCCACACUGGGGCUUCUCCAGGAACCCCCCACCGUCUACGAGGGACCCCCCGGCAGCUACUUCGGUUUCGCCCUGGAUUUCCACAUGAGCGAGGGAAGGCCCAGCGUGGCGGUGGGGGCCCCCCGUGCCAACACCUCCCAGCCCGGCGUGGCUCAGCCCGGCGCCGUCUUCCUCUGCUCCUGGCCCCCCGACGAGACCCCCUGCCACCCCCUGCCCAUCGACACUGCGGGGGACGAGAGCGAGAGCCAGGGCACCUUGGAGCUCCGCACCUACAAGUCGCACCAGUGGCUGGGAGCGUCCGUCACCAGCUGGGACGGCAAACUGGUGGUCUGUGCCCCGCUGCAGCACUGGAACGCUUUGGAGGGGCAGCACGAGGCGUUCCGCACCCCGACGGGGACCUGCUUCGUGCGGAGCCCGGGGCAGCGGCGCGCCGUGUGGUACUCGCCCUGCCGCGACCGGACCAUGGCCAGCACCUACCGCCAGACGAACUACGCGCACGACAAGCGCUACUGCGAGAUCGGCUUCAGCGCCGCCGUCACCCCGGAUGGGACGCUGGUGCUGGGUGCCCCCGGCGGGUACUACUUCACAGGGCUCGUGUACUCGGUGGAGCUGGACAAGAUCCUCAGGCGCUUCCUCGGCACGUCUCUGCUGUGGCUGGGGAGCCCCGGGCGCCCCACGGAGCCGGUGUCCGGGGACUACGAGGACGGGUACCGGGGAUACUCGGUGGCUGUGGGCGAGUUUGAUGGCAACCCCAAAACCAAAGAGUACGUGGUGGGGGUCCCCAACAAGAGCAACACGAGGGGUGAGGUGGAGAUCUUCACUGCGGGGGACAGGCUGAGCCGGUUGCGGGGCAUCGCCAGCGAGCAGGUGGCUUCGUACUUCGGGCACACGGUGGCAGUGGCCGAUGUCGAUGGGGACGGGAGGGACGACCUGCUGGUGGGUGCGCCCCUGUACAUGGCCCGGCGCUCCGACGGGCAGCGCAGCGAGCUGGGGCGCCUCUACCUCUACCUGGGGCGGGGGCAGCAGCCCCUCGCCGGGCCCCCCCAGACCCUGACGGGCACCCACCCCUACGGCCGCUUCGCCGCCGCCAUCGCCAGCCUCGGGGACCUGGACAAGGACGGCUUCGGCGAUGUGGCCGUGGGCGCCCCGCAGGGGGGUGACAGUGGCAGCGGGCAGGUCUUCAUCUUCCGCGGGCAGAGCGAGGGGCUGGCGCCGGUGCCCACCCAGCGCCUCGACAGCCCCUUCCCCGGCCCCGCCGCCUUCGGCUUCGCGCUGCGGGGUGCCACCGACCUGGACGGCAACGGCUACGCGGAUCUGCUCGUGGGGGCUUACGGGGCGGCCAAGGUGGCCGUGUACCAGGGAAUACCCGUGGUGGUGGCCCGGACCCAGCUGAGUGUCCCCGACGGGUUGAACCCUGAGAUCCUGAACUGUGCCCUGCCCGACUCCAGUGUCCGUGUCAGCUGCUUCCACGUGGAGUUUUGUGUCAGCGUGACAGGCCAGCACAUCACUCAGAGCGUCCACCUGGAGGCUGAGCUGCAGCUGGACCGGCUGAAGCCCCGGCCAUCGCGGAGGGUCCUGCUGCUGCGGGGACACCAAUCGUCCUGGCAGGAGGAGCUGGUGGUGGCACCGGGGACGCCCCCUGUGUGCAGCAACCUCACCGCCUACCUGCGGGACAAGGCCGAGUUCAAGGACAAGCUGAGCCCAGUGGCCGUGAGUGUGGCCCUGACCAGAGAGGCCCCGGGGCUGGUGCUCUACGGGGACACCCUGGUGCAGGCACAGACCCACAUCAUCCUGGAGGACUGUGGCGAUGACAACCUCUGUGUGCCCGACCUGCACCUGGCCGCCGACACCUCCAGCCAGCGCCUGCUGAUCGGGGCGGAGGCCGUGCUGUCCCUGCGUGCCAAUGCCACCAACGCGGGCGAAGGCGCCUUCGAGGCCGAGCUGAGGGUGCAGCUGCCCCCUGGCACGCACUACCAGGCUGCCCGCAGCACCAUCCCGGGGCAGGAGAAGCUGAGCUGCAACCCCAAGAAGGAGAAUGGGACCCACGUGGUGCUCUGCGAGUUGGGCAAUCCCAUGAAAGCAGGAGCCCGGAUCACCGUGGACAUGGAGCUGAGCGUGUCCGGGCUGGAGGACAUGGGGGAUGCCAUCACCUUCCACCUCCAGCUGUGGAGCAAGAACAGCCCCAGCUCCAGCAACGCGUCGGUGACGGUGACAGUGCCUGUGGAGGCAGAGGCGGAGAUGGAGCUGCGAGGCAACUCCCUGCCUGCCACCAUGGUGCUGCCCACGAGCUGGCACGGGGUGGAGGGCAGCUGGCGGCUCGAGGACCACGGCAUCAGGGUGGAGCACGUCUAUGAGCUCCACAACAAAGGUCCCGGCACCGUCAGCGGGGUCACCCUGAGCCUCGCCGUCCCCCACCUGCUGGGAGACCACGUCCUGCUCUACCUGCUGGAGCUGGGCACCGAGGGGGGCAUGAACUGCUCCCACCACCCCGCCCUCAACCCCGCCCAGCUGGAGAUCUCCGCUCCGACGGCCGCAGCGCCCGGGAGCGGCGCCCAGCAGCGGGAGCGCCGGGAGGCGGAGGCGCCGCCGGGAGCGGGGCUGGGCAACGAGGGGCUGGGGGACCUCGUCCGUGUGGACUGUGACAAUGCCACGUGCGUGGACAUCACCUGCCGCGUGCCCAGCCUGGGCAAGGACCAGCGGGCACUGGUCAGCGUCCACGCCCUGCUUUGGAUGGACACCCUGCAGCAGCGGGAGCACCUCCUGACCCAGUUCCGCAUCCAGUCACAAGCGUGGUUCAACACCUCGGGCAUGCCCUACCGCGUCCAGCCCCGAGUCCUGCCCACCGGCAAGGCUGAGACCGAAACCUUCGUGGUGCGUGCCAGCCCUGGGGGCGAGGGGGCUGUGCCGGUGUGGUGGGUGGUGCUGGGCGUCCUGGCCGGGCUCCUGCUCCUCACCCUCCUCAUCCUCCUCAUGUGGAAGGUGGGUUUCUUCAAGAGGACGCGGCCGCCUGCCGAGGGGGACACGCAGGAGCCCGGCCAGGCCCAGGAGCCGGGCAGCGCCCAGGAGUAGCGGGGUCCCCCCGUGCCCCAGCCCACCCAGCUCGCCUUCCCCAGCCCCCCGCGUGCCCGUGGGAUCCCAGCCCCGCUCUGCUCCCCCCGGACAAUAAAUCCCUGCCCUGCCCUCGGGUGCUGCCCACGGGGGUGCGCUUGCGUCUGAUGGGGACCUGCCAGGGGACAGGGCACAGCAGGGGGCGGCGAGGAUUUUGGGGACCCCCGUGUGUCCUCGUGGGGUGCCCCGGGAGAGCAAUGUGGAGGUUGGUGCCGGGCUCGGUCCCGGGGGCUGCUGCACUGCUCAGGGAUCCGUACCGGGGCCGGUGCUGGUACCGCGGGUGGGUCACGGUACCGGGGUCAGUCCCAGGGGUGGGACCGGGGGGUCGGGGCAGUGCCGAGGGCCAGUCCCGAAAUGCCGCUGCGGUACCGGGGCUCGACGCUGAGGUUCAAGGAAGUACCGCGAGUGGGUCCUGGGAUGCUGGUGCCGGUACAGGGCAGUCCCGGGAUGCUGGUGCCGGUACCCUGUUCCCGUCCCGGGGCUCGGAGUGGAGCCAGGAAUGGGUCCCGGGAGGCCUGUGCGGUACCGGGGGCAGUGCAAUGCGGCCGGUGCCAGUACCGGAGAGAGUCCUGCAGUGCCGAGUCCCGGUCCUGGUCUCGGGGCCGUACCGGGGAUGGGUACAGCGGGUCGGGAUCGGUACCGGGCUUAGUGCCGGGGCUCGAGCAGCGUCAGAGGUGGAUCCGGGGGUCAGUGCCGAUGUCGGGCGUGGGUCCUGAGAUGCCGCUGCCGACACCAGGGUCAGUCCCGGGAUGCCGAUGACGGUACCGAGUCCG